AUAUCUUCAAAAUGCAGUUACAAUAGUUCUAAAGAACACACAACAACAGUUCUUCGAUUCUGAAAAAUAACUCUUCCUGUUUUUUUCAAUUUGUCUUUCCACCUAAGAUUACAUACAUUAACAUUCCUACGCAAAGGAAAAAUUGGAAGUGAGACCCAUUAGGUGGGCCCCAUACAAAUGUUUCGUGAGACUUGGUACAAGUCCGGCUCUGUUAGCAGGUAAAACCAUAACUUGAGAUUAGAAUACAAUAGACCAACCAAAUGCAUUUGACAAUGCAUACAAAAAGGAAGGUAGAUCGGAAGUUUAUGCGGCUGUGACCAAUUUGUCAUCUGUCAGACACCACUCUAAUUCGAUAAUUUAGAAGCUAUGUAACCUAUGUAUGAUAAUUUUGUAAAGAAAGCUAGAUUUACGGCGAAUAUUUCUUCCAACUGUGUGUUUAUUUUACAAAAUGAUAGUUUGACGUAAUAACUGAAAUAUAGAAAUUGCGACCAUUAUAAAGUUGGAGAGUCCUGGUUUAUUAUAUUCUUCUUUCUCUUUGUAAUAACUUGUUUCAGACUAUAUGAUUUUAGUUAAGUAUGGACAUUCUACCCGAACCCAAAAAUUUGUAUUAAAGUGAACGAAAAUAUAUUUUAUUGAUAAUGAAAAUAGUUACAUAAUGUAUAUAUAGUCAAUGAUCUAAGCUAAAGGAGAUUCAGACCAUUGGUUCAAUCAUGUAUGUACAUCUUAACCAACUAUACUAGAUAUCUAUAUCACAAUACACCCCCUCAACUCGAUGAAAUGGAAGAUGGAUUCGGAACGAAGAGAGUUAAUAUAAACAUGCAGUUGAGGAUGGAUUGAAAUGGUCUUGGAUGAAGGGGCUUCAUCAAGAUAUCAUCAUGCUGGUUUGCGCUGGCUACGUGCAUGAGCUUGAUGAAUCCAUUCUUAACCUGAUCUUUGACGGUAUGACAAUCUAUUUCCACAUGUUUGGCUCUUUCAUGGAAAACCGGAUUAGUAGCAAUGUGCAUUGCAAAUUUGUUGUCACAGAAGAGUUUAGCACAUGUAUGUACCCUGAUAUGAAGGCUAGUAAGAAGAUGUUGACGCCAAAGUAACUCACAUGUAGCUUGAGCCAUACUCCUAUAUUCAGCCUAUGUACUGCUUCGACUUACAACGUCUUGUUUCUUGACUUCCAAGUGAUGAGAGAGUUUCCUAGAUAAACACAAUAUCCAGAUAUAGAACGACCGCUAUCAGGGCAAGUUGCCCAGUUAGAGUCUACAAACGCAUGCGCAUUGAGUUAAAUAUCUGAGGUUGACGAGUAGAACAUACCUUGACCAUGGUUAUUAUUUAUGUAUCUGAGAAUACAAUGUGCUGCAGUCAACUGAACAUCGGUUGGAGCGGCCAUAAACUGACUCAGAUAAUGCACCGAGAAGGUGAUGUAAGGACGUGUGAUCGUCAAAUAAAGAAGCCAACCAACAAGAGCACGAUACAGAGAAUGAUCAAGCAGAGGCUGACCAUAAUCCCUACUGAGUUUAACCAAUGAUAGGAACCGAAGCAGGCUUUGAAGCUAACAAACCAGUGUCUGCAAGAAGCUGCAACGCAUACUUCCUUUGACAAAGAAAGAUUCUAGUAGAGGAUCGUGCAAUCUCCAAUCCAAGAAAAAAUCAUAAAUCACCAAUGUCUUUAAUCUUGAAGUUUGCAUUAAGAGUAUCCUUCAAAUGUUGAACCUGGAACUCAUUGUUACUAACAAUCAUUAUGUCAUCAACAUAGAUCAAAAUAGCAGUAAACUCGGAACCACCUUGUUUGAUGAACAAGUUAUUAUCAGCCGGUGAUUGAGUGAAUUGAGUCAUGGCAAUAACAGUCGAGAGACAUUGAUACCAUUGGCGUGAGGCUUGUUUCAAGUCAUUGAUGGACUUGUUAAGCUUGUAAACCGGAUUUGGAGGAAGAGUGCUAGAGGCAGGUGUAUAUCUUUGAGGAAGAGAAAUGUAUAUUUCUUCAUCCAAGUCACUAUGGAGAAACACAUUUGAUAUAUUCAUUUGUGUCAUGUUCCAUCCCUUAAUAACUGCAAGACUAAGAAUUAACUUUACACUGGCAAGCUUUACAACAGGGAAAAAUAUAUUUGUGAAGUCAACACCCUCUUGUUGAGUAAAACCUUAACAACCAAGCGAGAUUUAUAUCUCUCCACAGUACCAUCUGCUCUAUAUUUGAUCGUGAACACCCAUUUACAUCCUAUGACAUUCUUGCCUGGUGGAAGAGAUACAACAGUCCAUAUUCUAUCAUCCUCCGUAGCAUGAAGUCAUCAUUUGUAGCCUUUCUAAACUGAAGUGAUAGCAUGGCUUGUUUGGAAGUAGUGGGUUCAGUUUCAAGAGAGUAAGAGAAAACAUAUGAUUGAUAUAGUGGAGAUAAAUUUGAAAAGGUAUCAACAGAUGAAAGUGGGUAUAAAGGAUUGGUAAGAAAUGGGGAAACAACUAAAGAAGAGUGGUUCUGAAACAAAUAACCUGGGGCUUUAGCAGUUCGUUACGGUCUGGCAUUAAACAAGCGAAUCUGUCCGGUACUCGGAGCAACAGUCUCAUGUGAUGUAGAUGGGGCAUUAGAGACAUGUACAUGAGCAUGAAUAGAUGCAUCAUAUGCAAAUGAAUCUAAAGCAACAGGAGUGGACAUUGGCAAAAUGGUUUUAUGAAAUAUAUCCAAAGAACUAAAGAUUAACAUGGUUUCUCACUCAGAAACGGAAAAACAUUCUCAUGAAAGACAAUGUUGCGAGUGAUUAAAACCUCAUUAGUAUCUAAAUGAAAAACCUUAUAACUUUUGACACCAUGACUAUAACCAAGAAAAACACAUUUAUCUGCACGUAGACUAAACUUGUGUCUGUCUUGAAGCAAAAUUGAAACAUAACAAAGGCAACCAAAAGACCUAAGAAAACUAUAAUCAGGAACUUUCUUAGUAAGUCAUUUAUAAAAUGUGUUUAUUUUUUAAAAAUUUUAUAAAAGUUUUUUUUUUAACUUUUCGUUUUUUUUUCAUUUUAUAAAAAUAUUUCUUUUUUUAGAUUUAAUUAAAACAUUUUUCAACUUUUAGAAAACGGUUUCAAUUAAUUUUUUUUUAAAAAAUUUAUAAAAAUGUUUUCACUUUAUCUUAAAUAUUUUCAAUUUAUAAAACGUUUUAUGUUUUUAAAAUUUUAUAAAAACGUUUAUUUUUAAAAAAGCUUUUAUUACCAAAAUGUUUUUCUAAUUUUAAAUUUUAUUUUAUUUAUAUAAUAAAAGUUUUACAAUAUUAGAAAUAUUUAUUUAUUUUAUUUAUUUAUACUAAAUUGUUUAUUAUAAAUUAUAUGUGAGUUUUGUUUUUAAGUAAUUAGUUAAUUUUAAUAUUAUAUUUUAAAUAAAAAUUGUUUUAUUUUAAAAAUAAUAAUUUACAAAAUUUCCGACGGAUAGUAAUCGUCAGAAUUUCGUCGAAAUUUCCGACAUCUCCAUCGGAAUGUAUUUGAAAAUUUAUCCAUCAGAAUUUCGUCAGAAUUUCAUUGAAAUUUAGUCCAAAAUUUGUCCGUUGAAAUUUCGUCAGAGUUUGUCCCUCAGAAUUUUGUCUGAAAUUUGUUAGUCGAAAAUUUCAGACGAUACUUUUUUCCGACGAGAUAGAACCGAUGACUUUUUUCGUCAAAAAAUUUGUCAGAAAUAACUUACUCUGAAGAAUUUCCGAUGAAAUUGUCUGUAGGAAACAAACUGUUUUCUUGUAGUGAUCCAAAAGUUCAGGAAGAAUUUUAUAUUUCAUGGAUGCAUUAUUUUGUUUAUUGAGUUAGUGUGUUUAGUUUACGUGAAAUGCAGUGAAUAUUAGGUUUUUGAUAUUUACUAAAGAUCGACCACUAUGUGGUGAUCUCUUCAAUUACAGACAUGCAAGUUUGUCGUAUGACAAAUGAAAAUACUAUGAUAAGUUACUGUUCAAAUGUUUGUUAUAGUAUACAACAUUUUUUUUCGCCGACGGCGAUGAAACGGGAGAUCUAAGGUUCUAUGAUUUUGCGAAGAUGGGAGCCGGGGAUUGGAGUAGGAGUUUGGUUCGGUUUGUUCGGGCAUGAUCAAGAUCUUGAUAUGGCAUAUCAUGACGGUAUCUCGGGUCGAUUGAGAAUCGACUUAGGUUUCAGAAAGGGAAUCUGCGGAAUUUUAAGGAAAGUAAAGAUUUGGAUCGAGGGACAAUGGAUCUCGAUUAUCAUUACGAUGGAGUCAUCAGUCAACACAGGGUGGAUAAUGGAUGCAGAGUAACUUGUUGAGCCACGGUGAGGAGCAGAAGAACGGUGAGGGUAAGCGUAAGAGAUUGAAGAUCUCCGUGGCGCAUUUUGACAACUCUGCUCUCAUCAGGACCUAUUCCAAAACCCUGAUUGGAAGGUGUAUGAACCCCGUGGAGCAACAGAUGAGUGCAUUGUUCACAAAUCUACCAAAGAUUUGGAAAUUGGAGGAAAGGGUUACGGGCAGUGACUUGGGCUUUGGCAAGUUCCAGUUCGACUUCAAGACGGAGGAGGAACUUGAAGCGGUGUUGAGGCAGCAGCCUUUUCAUUUUGACUACUGGAUGCUGGCAUUGGCGAGGUGGCAACCAAAGCAACUCAAGGAUUUUCCUUCAGAGAUCCCAUUUUGGAUCAGAGUUGUUGGUCUCCCGCUUGAAUUUAGGACCGUUCCUACAUUAGAGAGCAUUGGUGGAGCUUUGGGGAGAGUGUUGGAUGUAGAUGUGACCCAAAACCGAGUUCAAAUUGUGGUCGACGCUUUCAAAGAACUAUGCUUUGAAACGACUAUAGAUUUCAAAGGUGGAGAAUUUUACGAGGAGGAGGAAGUGGCAGUAUCUCUGCGCUACGAGAAGCUCUUCGGUUUUUGCGAACUCUGUGGGAGUCUAUGUCACAAGGAGGAGCUAUGUCCUCUUGAUGAGAAGAACACAAAGGCGGGCUCAGAAAGAAGGAGGGAGAACAGAGAAGGGAAUGGGGGAUGGACUGAUGGUGCAAAACAUGAGGAGCGAGCUCGUAGCUACAAGGGUGUGGUCAUUAAUGGUAACAAGGGCCAACAGAACAGAGACAGAGACCGUAGGGAGUUUCAUGGGAAGGGUAAGGGUAAAAUGAUGGAGGCACCAGACUCUAAGUGGGUUAAGGUUCCAGAGCGAGGCAACAGGGGACCUUCUCAUCAUUAUGGAAACCACAGAGGUAACGGGGAGGGUUCAAGGGUCAAAACUACAUAUAGAGAAGAUGUUUCAGUGGUGGGCUCUGGAGCUCAAGUGAUGACGUCUAGGACAUAUCCAACGCAACCAAGAGAGGACCAGGGGCAGCAAACUGUACCUCAGGUAACAAGUGAAGAGGGCGAGAUUACGCGAAAUGGGGAUGCUACUGCAGCUCUACCGUCUGUAGAGUUUCAAAUGGAACUAUCUAAGACGCAGGCGGAAGGGUCGGAGGUGGUAGCGGAGGCUAGGGAGGAGGAGAGGGGUCUACUUACAGUGCAAGGAAUGAGGGAGCAACAAGAUGAUACGUUUGAAGAUAUUGAGAUGGAACUGGAUGAUAUUAACGUAGCUAUGUUGGAGAGUGGCAUCGACUUGGAGACAGAGGAAGAGUUUCAAACUCUUUCUGAAGAGGAGCUUGAGCAAGCUUCUGAGGCUCAGGCAGAGAAUGUUCUCAUUCAGGAUGAGGAACAACCGGUGGCUGGUGAUACGUACAUCACUAAGGAGUUGGGGACAGGGGAAUUGGCGACGAGACAGAGUCACCGUAAGAGGUUAUUCAAGGCCAACAGCAGCAUUGCGGGUAGUUCUAAAAUGAGAAUGGCGUCGGCGCUUCUCUCACCAAGGAAGAAAGGUGUAGCUAAGGUUGGGACUCGUCAUGGAGACAAUACCAAACCACCGGAGAACAAGGGACCUUCAAUCCCGAAGCCGGUUAACUUAAAAUUCUAAGUUUAUGGAUCAAACCUCAUUUAUAAUGAGAGUACGAAUAAAGGAUUUGGUUUAUGGGGGUGGUGCUUUUAUUAUUUCAACAAAUUUCCUUUUAUUUGAAGUUUUAUUUGGUUUCAUGGGUCUGGGGGUAGUAAUCAUUGUCAUGCUCCUUUUGUUUUUUAUUAAGAAGUGGAAUAAGAUUGGUCUUUUGUGUU